CCAGUUUGCUUUAUAUCACAGUGACGACUGAUCGCUUAUUAUAUUUUUUAAUUCAGUUCCUAAAAUUAAUUUAUAAAAGAAAAUAUGUUUCUACAUACUGUGUUUAUUAUAACUUUAGUUGUUUUACAAUCCUGCGUUAGCUAUGCAAGAGUCGCACCUGAUUAUAUAACCCCAUGUGUGGGAUUAAAGUCUGCUUGUCUGAAGAAGAAUAUUCAAGAAACAAUUCCGAGAUUUGUAAAAGGCAUUCCGAGUCUAGCUGUCAAUUCCACCGAUCCUCUUACCUACGACUAUGUUAAUGUAGAACUACCCGGUGGCUUGAAAAUUGAGUUCAAAGAUGGUGUAUUAAAGGGACUUAGAAAUUGUUUAGUCAACGAAGCCAAAUUCCAAAACAAUGAUGCUGAUGUAGAGUUAACUUGUAAUGUUACAAUUAAAGGGAAAUACAAGGCUCAAGGACAAAUACUUAUUAUCUCAAUCAAUGGAGACGGAGACGCUAAAUUAAAAAUAACGGACUUGAAUCUUAAAAUAAAGCUUAAGUUCAUCGACAAUGUUCGUGAUGGAGUAACUUAUUAUGAUGUUAAAGAUUACAAAGUAAAUUAUAAUAUUAAUGGAAAAGUACAAUUUGCUUUAACAAACCUGUUUAAAGGAAACCCUGAACUAGGUCAAACAGUGUUGACAUUCUUAAACGAAAAUUGGAAACUUGUAGAUGCUGAGUUUGGAAAACCAUUAGUCGACAUUGUUAUUGGCAUUGCGUUCAAAAAUGUUCAGAAAUUUUUUAGUAACAUACCAAAAGAUGAACUUGUUGUAUUAUAAGUUGAAUAUAAAUAUUAUAUAUAAUUUAAUUUUAAUAUCGAAGUAAAUAAACGCUUAGAAAACAAUACAG